AUGCUCUUGAAGAAUCGACCUCUGAAGACGCUAGCGACCCUCCGAGCGCGCGGGGCGGCCACGGCGGCUGCGGUGUGGACGCCGCCGGUGCACAUGUGUAGCGAUCUGGACGGUUGUUCGGCGGAUAGUGGAGUGAUGAUGCCUACUUCGGUGCACUGGCGGAACGCCGCGCGCAACAGCAUUGGGGAGGUGGACGUUCGUCUGCCGCACCCCGCGUGGUCCAAGGCCGAGCGAGAGGCGGUGGGAGUGGAGCAUACGAAGCCGGAGACGUUGGUGGACCGGGCAGCAUACUCGACCAUUUGGGUGCUGCGCCGUGUUUUCGACCUGGCGACGGGGUACACGUUUGGAGUGAAGGACGAAGCGUGCAUGAUUCGUCGCGUGGUGUUUCUGGAGACCGUGGCAGCCGUGCCGGGCAUGGUAGGUGCGGCACUACGUCACCUAAAAAGUUUACGCCGGAUGCGGAACGAUUACGGCUUCAUUCACUCAUUGCUUGAGGAGGCCGAGAACGAGCGCAUGCACCUUAUGACGGCCCUGCUGCUGCAUGAACCCUCCAAAAUUGUACGUGCUGCGGUCAUUGCCGCACAGGCACUCUUCCUCGCCUGGUACACCACCAUGUACGCGCUCUCCCCACGCUUCUGCCACCGCCUUGUCGGCUACCUCGAAGAAGAGGCAGUCAAAACCUACACUCACCUCCUCCACCUACAAGACACUGGCAAACUUCCUGGUUUCGAUAUACCAGCCCCCCGUGCCGCCAGAGCCUACUGGAACUUACCGGAUGACGCCUCGCUCCGCGAGGUCUGGGACUGCAUCCGAGCCGACGAAGCUCACCACCGUGAAGUCAACCACACCUUCGCUGACCUCACCGCAGUACCCAACGCCGUCAACCCUUUCCCUCCCGGGUACUAA